UUUUCAAUCGAAGCCCAUUCUUUAAAAGCCACAACCAUCGUUGUCUCCUACCCCAAGAAGACCCUCUCCUCGCCGGCGAUUUCUUGAUCCCUUCCCCCCCACAACCGUGCCCUUCCAUGGGCACUCCUCUCCUCCUCCUCCUCAUCCUCCUGACCGUGUCGCCCUUAUGCUCCGCCAUCCGCUCUUUCCCGGCGGCCGCCGACGUCCCCCGGUUCGCUGAGGCCCCCGAGUACCGUAACGGCCAGGGCUGCCCCGCCGUCUCCCCCGCCUCCUCCUGUGACCCCUCCCUCGUCCACAUCGCCAUGACCCUCGACUCCGAGUACCUCCGCGGCUCCAUCGCUGCCGUCCACUCCGUCCUCCGCCACGCCUCCUGCCCCGAGAACGUCUUCUUCCACUUCGUCGCCGCCGAGUUCGACCCGGCCAGCCCCCGUGUCCUGACUCGGCUCGUCCGCUCCACUUUCCCUUCCCUCAACUUCAAGGUCUACAUCUUCCGGGAGGACACCGUCAUCAACCUGAUCUCCUCCUCCGUCCGCCAGGCCCUCGAGAACCCCCUCAACUACGCCCGCAACUACCUCGGCGACAUCCUCGACCCCUGCGUCGACCGGGUCAUCUACCUCGACUCGGACCUCGUCGUCGUCGACGACAUUCGCCGCCUCUGGGAGACCCCGCUCCGCGGCUCCCGCGUCAUCGGGGCCCCAGAGUACUGCCACGCCAACUUCACCAAGUACUUCACCGACGGCUUCUGGUCCGACCCGGUCCUGUCCCGGGCCUUCGGGUCGCGCGAGCCGUGCUACUUCAACACGGGGGUGAUGGUGAUGGACCUGGCGAGGUGGCGGGAAGGGGGCUACCGGAAGCGGAUCGAGGGGUGGAUGGAGGUGCAGAGGCGGCGGAGGAUAUACGAGCUGGGGUCGCUGCCGCCGUUCCUGCUGGUGUUCGGGGGGAACGUGGAGGCGAUCGACCACCGGUGGAACCAGCACGGCCUCGGGGGCGACAAUGUGAGGGGGAGCUGCAGGUCGCUCCACCCGGGUCCGGUGAGCCUGCUCCACUGGAGCGGGAAGGGAAAGCCGUGGGUGAGGCUGGACGAGAGGAGGCCGUGCCCGCUGGACGGCCUGUGGCAUCCUUACGAUUUGUACAGCAGGAGGGGCGGCGAAUCCGGUCUCGGAUCGGGUCCGGGUUCGGGUUCUGGCUCGGGCUCUUCUUGAGAGACUCGAUGAUGAUUCUUCGAUCUUAUAUCUUUUCUUGCUUUCUCUCAUACAUUGUCCAGAUUGAUGAUUCUUUGAUACGUGUUGUACAGAUUGGUUUGGCCACAGUAGGAAAGGAUGAAGAACAAUCUCUCUUUAUUUUUUUUUUCCGGUGGGUGGUGGUGGUGGGGAUUUCCAUUUGUUGUGAUCGCUGAUCAUUAUUCUCAAUAUUUUUUUUUUAAGGGGGGUUGUUUAGGUUGGACAAUUGAUGAUUCUUACAGCACUUUCUUCUUCUUCUUCUUCUUCUGUCAUUGUCGUUGUCCAAAUUCCAUUUCGAUUCACAAAUUUUAGAGGAGGAUGAAGAAUAACAAACCAUGUUGUUCUUUCUUUCUGCGUU